AAGAAGCAAAGUUGCAUAAAAAGCCGUGCAAAUCUAAACAAGGACACAAGAGCGGCGAGACGCCAAGAGGAAGACGCUCGACGGAUUGUGCAUUUCAUCUUGACUGUUUUUAUCCACACAGAGGGGCUCAGCCAUGAGAUCCUGCGCUUUGCUUGUGUGCCUGCUCUGGGGCUUCAGCACCGUGAGGGAAGGAUGGAGCCUUCCCCUCAAGUCUAUCCAUGUCACGUUUCCAGGAGACAUCAUCAAAAACAUGACAGAUAUGGAGCUGGCACAAAGUUACCUGACCAGGUUUGGCUACAUGGAGAAGCUGCAGCGCAGCGGCUUCCAGUCCAUGGUAUCCACCACGAAUGCCCUGAAGAAGAUGCAGCAGCAUCUGGGUCUGGAAGAAACUGGUCAGCUGGACUCAGCCACCGUGGAGGCCAUGAAGCAGCCGCGCUGUGGCCUUCCCGAUGUGGCCAACUACAAAACCUUUGAGGGAGAUCUUAAAUGGGACCACAAUGACGUGACUUACAGGAUCUUGAACUACUCUCCGGACUUGGACAGCGAACUGACUGACGACGCAUUUGCCAGAGCUUUCAAGGUGUGGAGCGACGUCACACCAUUGACGUUCACUCGCCUCUAUGAUGGGACAGCGGACAUCAUGGUGUCAUUUGGAAAAGGCGACCACGGAGACCCUUACCCCUUUGAUGGCAAGGAUGGCCUCCUGGCACACGCGUACCCCCCCGGCCAGGGGAUCCAAGGAGACGCCCACUUCGAUGACGAUGAAAACUGGACGCUGGGAAAAGGACCAGUGGUGAAGACUCGCUAUGGGAACGCCGAGGGUGCAUUGUGCCGCUUCCCCUUCACUUUUGAGGGCAAAUCCUACGCGACGUGCACCACCGACGGCCGCGCGGACAACCUCCCGUGGUGCUCCACGACUGCUGAUUUUGGCCGAGACAAAAAAUACGGCUUCUGCCCCAGUGAACUUUUGUACACUAUUGGAGGGAAUGCGGACGCCGCCCCCUGCGUCUUCCCAUUCACCUUCGAGGGGAAGGAGUACGACGGAUGCACCACAGAAGGCCGCAACGACGGUUACCGCUGGUGUGCCACCACAAACAAUUUUGACCAGGACAAGAAAUAUGGAUUCUGUCCCAGUAGAGACACCGCCGUGUCCGGUGGGAACUCCGAAGGGGAGCCGUGCCACUUCCCGUUCACCUUCCUGGGCCAGAGUUACGACGCAUGCACCAGCGAGGGCCGCGGUGACGGAAGGCUGUGGUGCGCCACCACCGCCAGCUAUGAUGACGACAAGAAAUGGGGCUUCUGUCGUGAUAAAGGUUACAGCCUGUUCCUGGUGGCCGCCCACGAGUUUGGACAUGCGCUUGGUCUGGAUCACUCCAGCAUUCGACAGGCCCUCAUGUACCCCAUGUACACCUACGUUGAGGACUUCUCCCUGCACAGAGACGACGUCGCCGGCAUUCAGUAUCUCUACGGCCGCAGGGAAGGCCCAGUUCCCACACCACCGCGGCCAACCACCCCAUUUGUAUCAAAGACAACCACCACCACCCCAAAAACCGUGGACCCGGAAACCAAAGACAUUUGCAAAGUCGACAAAUUUGACACUAUCACCGUCAUUAAAAACAAUUUAUAUUUCUUCAGUGAUGGAUAUUACUGGAAGAAAUCCGUCAGAGGAAAUAAUGGCGAGCUCAAAGGUCCAUUUCGAGUUUCUGAGCGUUGGCAAGCACUUCCGACAGUCAUCGAUGCCGCCUUUGAAGACCUUCUCACCGGGAAUCUCUACUUCUUCUCUGGGAACCAGUUCUGGGUGUACACAGGACAGAGCUAUGUGGGCCCACGUAACAUCGAGAAGCUCGGCCUCCCUGCCAGCGUGAAGAUGGUACAGGGAGCACUGCAGAGGGGAAAAUCCAAAGUGCUGCUUUUCAGUGGGGAGGAAUACUGGAGGAUGGAUGUAAAGACGCAAAAGGUUGAGAAGGGCUACCCACGAUACACACAGAAUGCCUUUGGCGGCGUGCCCAGUCAGCCUCAAGAUGCCUUCCAGUUCAACGGGAACACCUACUUCUACUGGGACCGCUUCUACUGGCGCUUGACUUCAACCAAGCUGGUGGACCGCGUGGGCUACGUCAAAUACGACCUGUUGCCUUGCUCCGAAUCUUGAAGCGCUCGCUUGGGAUGGGAUCGGAACACGUUUGGAAUCAGGGAGCGUGUAAAUGAGCGUUUACGUGCAGUGCCUGAUGACUUUGUGGGUUAUUUGUAGGCCGGUCGCUGCUGGUGUGCCACAACAUUGCAUUGGGCCUUAAAUGCAUGUCAACAAGGAUAGCCCUUGAAGUGAUCAUUUGUGAAAUUACAGCAUAGUCAUGGCCAUUAUUGGCGGCCAAUCAUUCAAGACCUAUAGGAGACCAAUUUCAGGUUGUUGGAAUAAUUUAUACAGCAAGUGUCUGACUGGUGCAGACUUUUAACAGUAUUUGAUUGUAUUGCCAUUUGUAGUAUUAUCAUAUUAUGUAUGUGUUUUUAAGAGUUGUCUUUCUUAACGGCUUUGACGCCAGAACUUGCACUGAAUUACAAUGCAUGGCUCUUUCACUUUAAAUUAUUUUUGUGUUUUCUUAACUUUCAAUGCAAUAAACAUUCAUUUGUUUUUUUGUACUGCAUUUCCAAAAUAAAAAGCCUAAUCAAUUUA